GAAGUAUCGGCCUUCGGCCACUAAUCUCCCUGGUCGACCUAGCAUGCAACCCACACCAAUUUACACGGGCCCACACCAAUUUACUCAGUACUUCACAGUAUCGAGCUCAGUACUGCUCGGUAUUUCACAGUACCGAACGUAAGUUGUGUCGAUGUCCGAACCCAAUAAUCUCUCACCACCAGAAACCAAACCAAGACACCCUCCUUAUAACAAAAACUCAGUCCUGCCGUCUCUCAGACGUAAACACAAACACCAUGAAGCCGUCUUAUUACUUAGUCUUCUUCCUCCUCUUCUUCCCACUCCCCAUCCACUCUCUCUCCACCACCUGCCAAUGCCUCCCCACCUCCAAAGACGAAAUCGAGGACAAACCCCUUUCCCUCAAAUCAAUCGCCCUCGUCUCCAUCCUUGCGGCUGGCGCCGUCGGCGUCCUCAUCCCCAUCCUAGGCCGCUCCGUCGCCUUCCUCCACCCCGAACACGACCUCUUCUUCGCAAUCAAGUCUUUCGCGGCCGGCGUAAUCCUCGCCACCGCUCUCAUCCACAUCCUCCCCGAAGCCUUCAAACGCCUCACAUCUCCCUGCCUUCCCGCGGACCCCUGGCAAAGCUUCCCGUUCGCCGGAUUCGUCGCGAUGAUGUCGGCCAUGGGGACGAUGAUGGUUGAUUCGUUUGCGACGGGGUAUUAUAGAAGGUCCCAUUUCAGGAAAGCUCAGCCGGUUGAUGAUAAUGAUGAUGUGGGCGGUAACGCGGAGGCGGCGCUGGCGAAUACCGGGCAUGUGCAUACGGCCGGAGGUGGAUCGCCGGCGCAGGAUGCGUCCAUGGCGGAGAAAAUCCGGCAU